UUUCUCUAAGAACUUUUAAGCUCUUUUGAACCAAGGCACGGGAGUUGUACUCAGUCUCAACCCACAAACUCUUAGAUUGAAACUAAUCCAUAGCUUGAUUGAUAGGGGACAAAAAUCGCCAUCAAACAUGACAACGACUGGAUACCAUUUCGACGAGAGGUUCAUCCUUCAUGUAGCGUCGCUUUUUAACAGAAGUGUGGAACAGGUGGAGAGGGAUCUCCUGUCGCGGUUCAACCUGACCUGGCAGCCGAAGAUCAAGAGCCUCCCUCCAUCCUUCACCGUCUCCGUCUGUUCUCUCUACGCCAUCAUUUUCGUCAUGUCCCUGAUAGGGAACAGUAUGGUUAUCUAUGCCGUCGCGAGUAACAGAAAAAUGCGGUCCAUAACGAAUGUGUUCCUGGUGUCGCUUGCCGUGAGCGAUCUGCUCAUCACGGUGGUGAGUAUGCCGUGGAACGUGCUGCACGCCCUGGACGACCACGCCUGGACGUACGGGGACUUCAUGUGCCGCGUGCCGCAGUUCGUACAAGUGGUCUCCGUCACGGCGAGCCUGAUGACGUUGACGUGCAUCGCCGUGGACAGGUACAUCGCCAUUCUGCACCCUCUCAACUCCGGCGUGCGAUUCUCCAUCCUGCGGGUGUCCGUGACGCUUCUCUGCGUCUGGGUGUUCGCCAUCACGUUCGGCAUCCCCCUGCUCGUCUUCAUCGACGUCGUCACGCGACGCAAGCGGACGCCCAUCCCGAACCCUCUCGGCAUAGACAUCUUCAAGCACAUCUACUACCAGCACGAGUGGAAGGUCUGCACCGAAGCCUGGCCCAACCCGAACGGCCAUUUCGUCUACUCGGUCUGCCUACUGAUCGUGCUGUACACGAUGCCCCUGCUUGUGAUGACUUGCCUGUACGGUCGUGUCGCACACUAUCUCUGGGUGCGGCAGCCCAUCGGGGACAACUUGGCGCAGCCCCGGAACGCCGUAGCCUGGGAGCAGUCCCGCAAGACCAGGCGAGUCAUCCGCAUGCUGGUUUCCAUCAUCGGGUCCUUCGCUAUCUGCUGGGGGCCGUUCUUCGUCAUACAGGUGGUGAAGACGGCGUACAUCCCCACCGUGUUCAUUCAGCUCCUGGCCCACGCCAACUGCGCCAUCAACCCCGUCAUCUACGCGCUUCUGAGCGAGAAGUUCCGCGACAACCUGCGCUGCUGCUCCGCCUGCGUCAAACUCCGACAGCGCCGCAGCCGCAUGAGCCUGCUCAACACCGGCAACACCGAGGAAGUCGACAUGCGGACGCGCUCGUCUUCCAUCAACGCGAAGCAGGCGACCUGGGGCCGGCAGGGGACGUCGUCCCAGCCGCAGACGGCCAACCCUAACCUCAGCGACAUCCACGUGUCGACGUUCUCGACAGGCGACGUCCCGCCCGUCAUCGAGUCGUUUCGGUCCAGCUACCCGAAGCUGCCGGCUAUUCAGCCCGGGCACAUGCCUGUGUACAUCGGGCCCCAUACAGGCAUGGUUAAAGAGAUAAACGACACGCCAGCUUAA